UGAACAAAUAUUAUGAAUAUUGGCAACAAAAAUCAUCAGUUUUAAAUCAUGAGUGAUGUAGAAAGCGAAAAUUUCGAGAACGCAGAUUUAAUAUCUUUGGUUAGUGUUGUUGAGCCCCCGAAACCUUCCAUUCAAGAUGAAAUUGGUCGUGGGCAGAAAAUUUACAGGAAUCGUCGAGGUCUAAAGGAACAGUCAGCCGCAGAGAAGAUCCUACCAUUAUAUGAGAAACCUGGGCAAACGAAAAAGAAAAGCUAUAAAACCAGACCUUCUUAUUACUACAGGUUGAUCUGUGAAGAAUUAAAGGAUGGUCGUCAACGAUCUUACAAAGCUUGCAAACAUUCUGGAAAUUGUGUUUUAGACAGAGAUAUCCUUACAAGGCGGGAGCAUGAUACGUUUCUGGCGCAGCCGCGUCUGGUGCCAAAAACCAAAAAUGUACGGCCGUAUUGCUAUUACGUAAAAAAACAUUUUGUUCCUUGCACACACCGCAUUGAACAGUUGGCUCUACCCAAAAAGCAAAGACUUGUAGCAUUGUGGAACGAAAACGCACACAAAAUAUCAGCACAGCAAUCCGAAAAUAUUGCACGAAUGCUUAUUGAUGCCAAUUUCACUAGCAUUGAACGUGCCAUGGAAUUGUGCAACGACGAGAACCAGAAACAUACCAUUGCGAAAAGUAAAAUUCGACGCGCUGCUUCCAAAGUCAAAAAGAAGAUUAUAAAAGAAAAGAAAAUAAUUGUUCGAAAAAUAGCUUUAAAUAUAUUUAAAGCAAUGCAAGAGUUCUUAUUAACCAACCAAGAUGUCACGUUCAAUCAACAAGCAAAAGCUAUUUCUGAUGUCAUUGCCGACAAGAUAAUUCGGUUUGGAGGAUAUGAUGCAGUUGAACGCAAUUCUGAUGAUAUUUUGGCAAAAUGUAUCUAUGGACUUGCAGACAAUCUUGCCAUCUGGAUGCAAAAAAUUACUCAAGUUUGUAAUUUUGGAAGUGUUAUGGAUGAAGCAGGCAAAUUAGGACCUUCACCAGCCAUCUGUCCGUGUGGACCACAACAAACAAUUGUUCAGUAUCCAAUUGAUGAUUUCAUAGAAUAUGAAUCUUCCGAAGUGGAAACGGAUUAUGCUACUUCAGAUAUUGCACCAGAUAUUUCCGAGGCAAGAUUCGAAUUUGAAGGAGAAGAAGGCGAGUUAGAUUUAUCAGAAGUUGAUAAUGUUAUAGCUGAAGGUGACACUGAACCUGCCCCUGAGGCAGAAGCUGAACUAGCAGAUGAACCGGAUGUUAAGCCAGCAAUUGAGCCUGAUGUUGAACCAGCUACUGAACCUGAUGUUGAUCCAGCAGCUGGACCUGGUGUUGAUCCAGCAGCUGGACCUGAUGUUGAUCCAGCAGCUGGACCUGAUGUUGAGCCAGCAGCUGAAGCUGAUGCGGAGCCGCCUGUUGAACCUGAUGUUGAGGCAGCCGGGGAGCCUGAGGCAUAAAGAAACUGUGGCUAAACAAUUUUUACAUAUCUUACCUUUAAUUUGGUUCCAAUCGAGUUGUUUGAAUAUGUCAUUGUUUAC